GUAACUACUCGUGAUCUUUAGUCGUCUGACAAUCUUGAUUCAAUCUUGAUGAUUCUGUACAGAUUCAUUGAGGAACAACAAAUACAGUAGUUGAUUCUCAAAAAAAAAAUUCAAAAGUCUGUUCUGGUUAACGACGAGAAAUUCGCACAAAAUCAAGGAUUCCCUCAUCAAUAGGAACCCACGAAACCAAAGCAACCAAACCGCCAGUAUCAGCAGCACUUAUCAUGCCACAGGGAUCCGAAAUCGCAAUCGAAAACCUCAAGGAGCUCUUCCGAUGCUCUAAACUCAAGAAGAAUGGCCUCGUCUCGGAGGCCGAAAUCAAGCCCGCCUUCCAUGCGGUCUACGAUGAAGAAUUGAAGGUUGAAUUCAACGGAGAAUUCAUGUCCUUUGAAUGGUGGGUCUUCCAGUGCAACGAGAUGCACAAGCGGAACGCCAGCUGGACGCGGUUCUCUGCCGAGCCGCUCGAUUCCGUGUCCUUCGACUUGCAGAUGGAGCUGUGGGAGGAUGGCCUGGACCAUCCCGUCCACUGGCACUCGAUCGCCUGGGUAAACCCGAGGACAUCGAGGAUAAUCAGGAUGCGGUUUCUAUCGGGGGCCAUGGCCAGGUAUCUCUUCAACUUUAAUAAGCACAACGCCAUACCGGUUGCAACUUCUGCAGAAGAUGACACCAGUGAACCGUAUUGCACUGAUCACAAGAAAAGCUCCACUAGCCGAGGCGUGAACCGCAGCAGCAGUAUUUACCAAUACGAAGACGAUGAGUCCGGUGUGUUUCUCCCCUUCCGAUCCAUACGAUCGAGCAUACGCCGUGUUAGCACAACCAGUAGCAUAACCAUUGGUAGCUAUAACAAUUCACCCAGGCGGCAGAGCACUUCCAGCAGCAGCAGCAAAGGGAAAAAGGAAAGAAGAAGGAGUAAGGUGUCCAGUCUUUUCAAUUCGCUUCGAUUAAACACUACGAGAUCUAUGACUAGUGUGAGGGGAAGAUAAGGUGGCACCAUUCGGCGCAAUCAUUGUAAGAAUUAAACUGAGUCCAAUAGUGCUUGAAAUACCGAUCGCUACUUCCUUUCAAAGUUAGAAGUAGUACGGGUGGCGGCAUUCGAAACAAUUGUUGUAACAAUACAACCAUUUUUGGUGAUAAAAUAUUGAGUGCAAUAGUGCGUGCGAUACCGAUCGCUACUUCCUUUACAAGGUACAAGUAAUACACAAAACAACAAAAUUCUUUAUUGAUCGUUGACAGGGUUGCCGUAGCAGGUUCGCUGUUGCAGAAAAUAAGAUAGAGUCGUUGCGUUGUGUUGUAGGUUGGUGGUUAGAUGGUCGUGCCAAUGGCUUUGCGCAAAUGUUUACACUCCGAACCCCAAUGAUACGAACACGGACUUGCCAAAUGGGAAAACUGGCCAAGCCGCGAUCGAAUUCGAUCGAAACAAGACAAAUACUGCACCCACAUUCCAAGCGAGGAAGCAGUCGAUUCUUCGAUGCAUUGUUGGGAUGUACUUUCGUGCGUGUUCGUGAGAAAUCUGUUGCAAGGCAAUGUUGGAAAGCUCUCGAAGGAUCCGUCGGUGCGCACACCACGACCGGAAAGAAUGGUUGCAGGCGUUGGUAUUGUGAGGCCUAAAACACACUAAAUCAUAAGCAAUCACGAUUAGAUAGUGAGUGGGCAAGAAUUCCCCUCACUCUUUAUUGUAAACACGUAGUUAUACGACACUAAAGAGCAUACGUAGAU